AAAAUUUGGUAGUGUAAAUGCCAAAUCGACACAAAUGUCAUUUCGGUUUUGUACUCGUUGUUUCUUUGUAAACAAACCAGAGAAACAAACACAAUUAGAAAGAAGUGCAAAAGUAUUUUAUUUUGUAUCAAUUAUUAUCAAUACAAAUCCUUCGAUGAAAUAAUAGAAUAUUAAAUAAAAAUCUGUGUUACUUUACUCCUUAAAAAUGAAAAAGCUACCUUUAGUGCAAGAUUCGUGUUACAAUUUAACUGCUAUAAACAGAAAUUCCCUUAACCUAUAUCAUUUAUCAACUCAAAGCCAUUCAAAUAUAUCUUCUCAGACAUGCCUAAGGAGUGUUUGGGAAUCCAACAACAUACUUAUGAAUGAAAAAUCUGAUAAAUUCUCUAACUUCAUAAAUGUUUUAACCCCUAAUUGUGACAAUGCAAGGUCCUGGAAAAGCAAUUUGAGUCACUGCACCGAUGCAAUAGCACUCUUUGAACAAUCUUUAUCAACAUGUACACAUUGCUCGCAAGGUUCUUCAAAAGCUAUGAACCUAGAUCAAAUUCAAACCAACAAAUGCAUUUGCAACGUAAACCUAAUUGCAACCAAUUUACAAAACCAAAAUGAUGUACAGCAGAUUGGGAAACAACCUUUCAAUGGUGAAAAUUAUAUUAGUAGUAGCAAAGUUAUAGCUACAGAUGAAAAGCCGUUAAUGAAACCAAAAUUUGGACGUCCCAAAGGACCAUUAAAGUUGACAAACCAAACAACAUCUAAAUGCCCUCCCACAUAUCAGCAUGUAGAUCUAGAAAAAGAAGAAGAGGAAAUGAAAGCACACAAAAGUAAUGUGGCCAAGAUAACUUUUAAAACUGCCAAAGAACAGCUUCUUGCGUCUAACCCAGCAGCCAAGAGAACUUUGGGCACCUCCAGAAAGGCACAAGCAAAAUUUGUUUCACCCAUGAUAGGAGCACAAGAAAAGCAAGAAAACUUGGAACCUGAAAUAGCUGAUGAGAGGCUAAAACAUAUAGAUCCUAAAAUGAUUGAAUUGAUUGAAAGUGAGAUCAUUGAUAAAGGAACUCCAAUAGGCUGGGAUGAUAUAGCUGGUCUCCAUAUGGCUAAGUCUGUAAUACAGGAAGCGGUUGUAUGGCCCUUACUUAGACCAGACUUAUUUACAGGCUUAAGAAGACCACCCAAAGGCAUCUUACUAUUUGGGCCCCCAGGCACUGGGAAAACUUUAAUUGGUAAAUGCAUAGCGGCGCAGUGCCACGCGACUUUCUUCAGUAUCUCUGCGUCUUCGUUGACGUCCAAGUGGAUCGGCGACGGCGAGAAAAUGGUCCGCGCCUUGUUCGCCGUCGCUCGGUGCCGGCAACCCGCGGUGGUAUUUAUAGACGAAAUAGAUUCUUUGCUUACCCAGAGAAAUGAUACUGAGCAUGAAGCGACUAGAAGAAUUAAGACUGAAUUCUUGGUGCAGUUUGAUGGAGCGGGUACAGGUGAAGACGACCGCCUUCUAAUAGUGGGAGCGACCAAUCGCCCUCAAGAGCUGGACGAGGCGGCGCGCCGGCGACUUGUCAAACGGCUCUACAUACCCCUGCCUGAUUUUGAGGCUCGUAAGCAAAUAAUAUCGAACCUGCUGAGCAGUGAGCGUCACGAUCUGACCGACGCGCACACAACUGAGAUAUGCAGCCUCACUGAGGGAUACUCGGGCGCCGACAUGAAGUCUCUCUGCUCCGAGGCUGCCAUGGGGCCGGUGAGAGCCGUGCCCUUCUCGCAAAUCAUCACCAUCGACAGCGACAAGAUGCGGCCAGUAAACGUAGAAGACUUUAAAAAUGCACUCCAAAGAGUAAGACCCAGUGUAUCCCAGGACGAUUUAGGACAAUACAUUAAGUGGAAUAAAACAUAUGGUCAGGGUUUUCAAUAAAACUUAAUUUGAAACUUUU